AAGCUCACGGGGUCCCUGGCCAGAACGCUUGUGCGGAGUCAGGAGCGGACAGCUCCGGUGCUGAUGUUGGAGCGGGCUACAGAGCCCCACGCGUGCGGAGUGUUGCGGGGAGCGCGCAGGCUGUGCACGCUUGACCAGGCUCCCGGACCAGCGCUGUCCUAGCAAGAGAGAAAGGACAUUUGCCUACAAUGAGACACGAGGCGCCCAUGCAGAUGGCCUCUGCACAAGAUGCCAGGUUUGGUCAGAAAGACUCUUCUGACCAGAACUUCGACUACAUGUUCAAGUUGCUGAUCAUUGGCAAUAGCAGCGUGGGCAAAACAUCUUUCCUGUUCCGUUAUGCCGACGAUUCCUUUACAUCUGCAUUCGUCAGCACGGUUGGCAUCGAUUUCAAAGUAAAAACUGUAUUCAAAAAUGAGAAGAGAAUCAAGCUUCAGAUUUGGGACACAGCAGGCCAGGAAAGAUACAGGACCAUCACCACAGCCUACUAUCGAGGGGCCAUGGGCUUCAUUUUAAUGUAUGACAUCACAAAUGAAGAAUCCUUCAACGCUGUACAAGAUUGGUCAACUCAGAUCAAAACAUACUCUUGGGAUAAUGCCCAGGUUAUCCUGGCUGGAAACAAAUGUGACAUGGAAGAUGAGCGGGUUGUCUCAACCGAGAGAGGCCAGCGCUUAGGAGAACAGCUCGGGUUUGAGUUUUUUGAAACCAGCGCCAAGGAUAACAUCAACGUGAAGCAAACCUUCGAGCGCCUCGUAGAUAUCAUUUGUGACAAAAUGUCAGAGAGCUUGGAGACCGACCCAGCCAUCACAGCGGCAAAGCAGAGCACGAGGCUCAAGGAGACCCCUCCUCCACCACAGCCCAACUGUGGCUGCUAAUGUCCCCCACACAGGAGCUCCAAGGGGCUCCAGAGCAGCCAAGAAGCAGCAUUGAUAAAUGGUCUAUUAGCCUUCGAUUAUACUGCCUAAUAAUUAUUUGAAGGAAGUCUUUGAUGGCAGUGGCCCAUAUAUGCAUUCAAACCGUGAGCAAUUUCCUGUGUUAAUAUGUGGCAAACUUGCUCUUAUAUUUGUAAGGAUCAUUCAUCUAUAAACACCUGCUACUUGCAUGUAACUUAUCAUUUAUUUGUCUUUCAUAAUCUUUUUGGGGGGUGCAACCUUUUUCUCAAUUAAGCUAUUGCAGAAACUACAGACUAUAAUUUUACUGCAAAUAACUUUCAUGCCACGGAUUCAUAUCAUGCUUUUCAUUUGUAUGGAUGAUAACCUAGAGUCCCUUUGUGUGUGCGCAUGUGUGUGUGUGUGUGUGUGUGUGUGUGUGUGUGCGCGCGGGCGCGUGCGUGCUGUGACCAAGGAGUGAUGUCAGGAAACUUAGUUUUGCCUUUGUCUAAAAAGAAAGUGGGACUUUUGCUCUUGAUUGGAGACCCCAUCACAGGUCUGGGCAGUGUACCAGUAGGAAAUGUAUAUAUAUAUAUAUAUAUUGCACUUUUGUUAAUAAUAUCAGAAGGGUGUGUUGACUUUGAAAAACAUUGAGGGAUUGGGUACAGGGUCAUUCAGGAGGCUGAGGCAGGAAGAUAAUGAGUUAAAGUAGCUACAAACCAUACAACUCGAUCAUGGGAUAAAGAAAAAGUAAAGAAAAUGAAAUCCAGGCCCUUGCAAGUUUUCUUGAACCACAUCAACACUAAGGGAGCUUUGCAGGCCUGACUGCCGGGAUUCUUGCCCAUGAUUCUGCUCAUCUCUGCGUGCUUGAGAGCAAUUACUACUACAGAAGGGAUGUGACUAGCUGUGGCAUUCCAUGACCUGAGUGACCUCCAUCCCUUAACGACUUGUCUCACACCACAAAACACCACCAUGGCUCUCUGGAACCCCCACCAAUUCUGAACUCGAAAUUGGCUUGAAACUUUGUUAGUGCCCCUCUUCCUAUAAAAGGUAGGCCAACAUUUCAACCACUGUUCUCUGCUCCACUUUAACUAAGCCUUCCCCCCUCUUUAGGAGGCAAUUAGGUAACCUUUCCAUGAGUCCUGACUGAGGGGGAAAAACCAUUUUUUAUAACCAUAUUUUUCAGAGGAUUUAUAAUUCUAAAAGUUACAUAAGUCUCUAGACAUGCUUAAGAUAAACAGAUCAUAGAGGUGAGCGGUCCAGAAAAUUGAUGAGCCAUGGCGGUUGAAGAGAGGGGUGAGACCCUUGAAUAUCCUGUCCUCUCUUCUAGGUUUUCUGAAGACCAUAUAGAAAUAAUAUGCAAAAAUCCCGGUUGUGGUGGUGCCUACUCUUGAUCCCAGCAUUCUGGAGGCAGAGGUAGGCAGAUCUCUGAGUUUCAGGCUAGAAUGUUCUACAGAGUGAGUUCUAGGAUAGCAAAGGCUACACAGGGAAACCUGCUUAAAAAAAAAGGAGGAGGAGGAGGAAGAGGAGGAGGAGGAGAAGGAGAAGGAGAAGGAGAAGGAGAAGGAGAAGGAGAAGGAGAAGGAGAAGGAGAAGGAGAAGGAGAAGGAGAAGGAGAAGGAGAAGGAGAAGAAGAAGAAGAAGAAGAAGAAGAAGAAGAAGAAGAAGAAGAAGAAGAAGAAGAAGAAGAAGAAGAAGAAGAAGAAGAAAUAAUAGAAAAACAACUCUUAACCUCUGUGCCAAAUGCCAAGAGAAAUCUCUCUGCCUUCCAGAAGUCUUUGCGGCAAGGAUCUUAGGAAGGCACCAGUUUGAAGGACAGAACAGUUUCGUGAGGCAGACAUUUUCCCUUUUUGGUAGUUGUGUAAAAGAUCCACCCUUCCCUUGGGCGAGGCUGCUGACAGGCUAGUGUGUGCAUGUUUUCUUCUCAUGUGCUUAGUUGCAAACUUAUAAAUUAGUGGUAAGUUUCCACUUUGACACCUAGAGGAGCAAGUGUUGGCUCAUCAAAGAUAAGAAGACACUGGUGAUUUUUAAAUUUUUAAUGACACCUAAAUUCAAGAAUCAUAGAAAUUAACAUAAAGGGAAAGAGAGAAGUGAGGGGCAUAAAGUAGAAUUUCUUUGCAAUAAUAUUCAUAUGAUGUCAUCCUAUUUCUAUGACCUGGGCCAUAAUACAACCAUAUUGAAUACUAUGGCUGUCAAGCUCAUUUUUACAAUCUACUACAAAACAAUGAAGUCAGGAAACCUGGGCCUCUUUCCUUGCAUGCUUACAAUAAGUGUAAAAGGCCUCACUCAGAUAUUUUGAAUGGCUUCUUCAAAAGGAUGUGGGCAUGCGUGUGUUAUCAAACAAGAGCAGGUAGGAGAGAAAGGGAAACAACCACGUUUACUCAUUUGAAAAUUCCUUGGAAGAACUGGUUGAAAAGGAUUUACUGAAGCCAGAUGCCCACAUACAUGCUCUGUUGAAAAUUCCAAAGUUAAGACCACGAUGUGCUAGUCAGUGGAGAGAGGGGCAGCAGUAGCCCUAAUGUCAUUGUCCCAGAACAUUCCAUACCUCCUAUUUUCCAGAUUCCCAUAGAAACACAGUUGUACCAAAUGAAAGGUAUGGAAUUCUAUAUUUCAUUCCAAACAAUUCAGUGAGCAUUUCCAGAGAGACUUGUUGCUCCCGGAAGAGAAAAGAGUUGCUGUCCCUAAUGUCAUCAAGAAACCUUGGUUGUAAAAUCAACUUUGGCAAGUGGGAACCAGAUAAUAGAACAUCUAUAAGCCUUGACCUAUAUAAUUUAAAUUCUGAUGUUUUCAACCUUUGGCCACUACAUUACAUAUGUACAAAUACAUACUACCCCUCCUUCCAUCAACAUAAGUAUGAAUAGGUCCUUCUAACCAACAACCUGGCUAAAUUUGUAUAUAAAAAGAUGUUCAAAAACUACACAUUUGUCUUCCCAGGUCUUAGACAUCAUUUCUUGUCUCUGAUGCAAUUAGGUUAGUAUUUUAAGUGUGUCAUUGCCCUCCCCUGUGGUCAUCUGGGUACCCCUGCCCAUCCAUUGUUUUUAGAACAACCCUAACUGCUUCGGAAAACACUCCCAAGAACUCUAGUGUUGGUUUGUCUCUUUCCAUCCUUAAUGCAAGUGGAAGGUGUUUCGUCUACAUAGCCAUUUCACAGUGUGAGUGGAUAUGGGAGAUUCACAAGGUGUCUUCGGUCCCAAGACAGCGAGUUAAUCAUAAGCAUCACACCUAUGGGCUCACAGGAAGAACUGCUUUAGAACGGUGGCUCAGCUCCCCGUGUUAACCCCUCCAAACAGCAUCUACUGCCAUCAGGAGCUUCUAAUGACUACAAGGAGCAAGAGAUGUGUGAAGUUCCUCCCUGGGGCCACGUAGAGUAUGGUCUUGCUUGCUGCUAGGUAAAUAAGGGCUGAAGAUUGUACUGGCAAAUGAUGUACAAUGAAUGAUGUUUCAAUCAUGGUCAUAAAUGGGAAAUACAAAUUCUACAAAAUUGCAAAUGGAAGGCACCAAUGUGCUCAAUAAAACUGGGUUUACUAUACUUACUUCACUCCUACACAAAUUCAUUUAUUCAGCACAUUGAUUUUUUUUUCCAGGAGCCAAUUUAAGCUUCUAAUUUUAGUUACAUCUGUGACAACAAUAAUUUUAAAGUAGAAUGCAUUCCACUAUUAACUGAACUUUCACUAAGUGACAUUAACUUCAGAGUAUUGAAGUUCUUAGUGGUUCAUUAACAUGCUUUGUCUACUGUGUAUCUUAGUACAGGGCUAAGUAUGCCCUUUAGUGUUUUGUUUUGUUUUGUUGCUGUUGUUGUUAUUGUAUGGCACUUGCGGGACUGUAUUAAAAAUUGUAUCCAAACUCUAUCGAGCUUCACCAAGCCAAGAUAGAAGCUACAUGUGAUAAAACAGGGACAUGAAUGAUCUUAAAGAUGUGACCAAAACUAUUCUAGCCUGCAAAGUUAAUGUUUGCUGCUAAUCUUCACCGUAAUUUGGGAAUGUUCAAAUCAGCUAUCCUGUGUUAUCUAUGCUGUGCUUGCCAGCUAACCCAUCUGUCUGGGGAACUGACUUUAUCUAGAUUUUAGUCUUCAUGCCGAUCCUGGCCACCUUUUGUGUGCACUCUCUGUGUGCUAUGUGAGGCGAUCCGGAAGUCCUUUCUGCUUGCUCUGAAUGUGUGUCCACAGUUCUGCCAGUUAGUGGAUGCUCCCUGCACUUUCGUUGUCUGCCAGUGGAAUGGAGAUGUCCCCUUUGGUAUGCUAAACCGCUGAAUAUUCAAAUAAGCUUUGGAGUCCUUUAUAUUUUAUGUAAUUUUUUCCCCUAGAAAUCAGAGCAGGCAUAAGCCUGUUUUAUACCCUGGGGUUUAAUAAGGACAUUACAGUUUACUGACAUAUUUACAGUUGAGACACACUCAUACCCUUGUGCCCACCCCAACACACACUUGCAAAAACACCUUUUUCAGUAAAGAGAAAAUCCCCACUGUUGGUACUUUCUCUGUGCAGAGAAAGGGGGGCAUUUUGCUGUGCACCAUUUGUGACCACGUCUUACUUAAAAGUUCAAUGCAAUGGACUCUCCAUUUGGAUUUGCUUAGUCCGUGGCCAUGACUUCUAAAACAGAAAGGGUGGAGAGAAAGUGCAUGCCACCAACACUGAAGGUAACAGAAAAUGAGGCAUCUCACAACUGCAGCUGGGGCGGGAGCAUUACGUAUUGUGUAGCUAAGGACAUACCUAUUAGACUUUAUCAUUGUGUAGUCCUUUUAUACUGCCACAUGUUUUUUAAAAAAAAAUGAUUAAGGAUAUUCUAAAAGCACUAUCCCCACAGAACAGCAUUGCCUCAUUCUUCAGUUCCCCUCAGCAACUAUAACUGAAGGGCUUUCCAUUGGCUAUUACUUGCUGAAAUGAGGCUGGGGACUACCUGUCUAUUUCAUUCUCCCAUGUUCAUUUUUGCUUCCUUGUGGACAACUGAGAGUUGCUGUGGCUUGUGUGUGUGUGUGUGUGUGUGUGUGUGUGUGUGUGUGUGUGUAGUGGAAAUGUCACUAUGUUCCUGUCAUUUGUGGCUCAGGUUUACUUAGGUUCAUGACUGCUGGUCUCAUACACACAUGAACUGCAUGUCUUACCUGACCUGUCAGGGAUGUGAGCAUGACCUGUGUCUUACUAGUGAAUCCAUACUCCUUGUCAAAGUGAAGUCUAGGGGUUGUCUGCUGUGUCAAUAUGAUGAUGUCCAUGCAGUUUUCACCCUCCCUAGAAAUCGUGAUGAAUGGGGACUGUCCUGUAAUUCCUGUUAAUAUAUUGUGAAUGUCAGACGUGACGUGAUGCCAUUGGACCGUCCAAAUGUACAACUCCUUAAUGGUGUUCGUAGAACUGAAAUGUCGUAAAUGUUGCAUGAAGUAUGUUCUAAAAAAUAGAUUUGUUUUCUAUUUUUCAACACCUCAGAAUUGAGGGUUCAUGGGCCAAUAAGUGCAAUAUUUAAUGACUUACUCAGUGUAUAUAAAGUAGUGUGCGAGUGACUUAUGAGGAAUGUAUGAGAUGCUUUGAUAGCCGUGUGCUUAGUCAAAUGAUUUCUCCUAGCAGUAUUUGUCUAGUAGUGCAAUUUAUUCAGUGAACAUUUUACCGGCGUCAUGGGAAAGUCCUCUGUGGCUACUUAAAAGUACUUUUUUGUUCCGUCUAUAAAUCAAGCAUUUAGUAUCUGAAAACACAUGUCCAUUUUGCCUUUUAGAAUUGUGGGUUUUGUUUCUGAGAAAGAAUGGCUGUGAGUUUGUUUUAUAAAAGUAUUCACUUCUAUAGUUCAGAAUUGUCCCUAAUAUUCUUACAAGAGUGUAUUAAGCAGCUAAUUUAGAUACCUAAGAAAAAAUGCAUAUCCAGAAUUCACCUUUUCUCCUCAGAAAAGUUGAUCACGUGUUCUGUCUUUGGAGACUCUCCACUCUUGUAUUGUGUGUAUAUGUUAUUGAUACCUCACUUUGUUCUUUGUUUGCAAGCUCAGCAACGCCAGCCUUGGGAAUCUCUUAGUGUUAUGGGUGUCUUUUUAGUUUGUAGAUAAUGGUAUACCCGCUUUCAACUCUCAAUUGUCCACACUGCUGUUAGAAAAGAAAAACCAGUAAAAACCCUCAAUCCAUUUUGAAAUGCUAAUACACACACACACACACACACACACACACACACACACACACACAUACACACUAUGCUCUGAUCUACAUUUACUGUCCUGGAAUGUAACAAGAUUGUGCCCAGGGUAGCAGUUAGGCUAUCAAAAGUUAAAUAUAUUUCUGGAUAUGAAACUGAAUCACCACUUUAAUUUCCAAUUUGCUGUGUCGGUUAUUAAGGUAAAGCCUCAUUUUCAUAUUGUCCUCAUCCUUUUAGUAGAAGUGACUGAAAUGAAUGGAGAGCAGUUGUUCUAGGUGCCGUUCUACCCAUACACGGUAGACAUCUGUUCUCUCUAUGGCACCGGACCAGAGGCUGACAUAUGAAGAGUGCCAAUCAUAUUAAGUGACGUUGGGUUAUGUGGGUAAUAUGUGGCCCAAAUGUAACCAUGCCAGGCUGGAGAUUGUACACAUCUCUUGAGAUCCACUGAAGAAGCAGUGUAAAAAAAUGGUGGCUCCAAGACAGAGAUAGCAAAGACUUAGUGCCAAAUUAGAAGGGAAAUAAAAGCAGAAGCAGGUAGCUGACCACAGAAUAAUAGUUUAAGAGGAUAGUUAAAGGCUUCACUUGUUGUCACGUGGUCGCUGAUCGACGUGUGCUCCGCACUGCACCAACCCAACAUGGAAGGACUAUGGCGAUGGGAGACGGUGUGAUCUAAGUGAUAGAUGAUGGCAGAGAGCGGAGCAAAAAGAAUGAGACUGAUAAGAGCUAGAAGAGUCAAGGUUGGCUCCUAUGUAGGGAUCAGGCAUGACCCCAGGAAGAAUCGAGUAGGGAGAAGACUGUGCCAAGCACACAAAUGCAAAAGGCCCCAGGGUAUUCUCUGUGAAUGCAAGGAAGAGCAAAAGAAUUAGCAGCUGUGGAGACUGAAACCCACAGUUGCCCAGCUUAGCUCUCUGCAUUCCGAUCUAGGCGGAGAAGGCAAGCUGCUAAGUCAUUCAUUGUGUUCCCCUGAGCUAAGCAGCCUCAGGUCGGCCACAAAACACGGACUGCUUUCAAGCAGUUAACGUAGACAUUUGCCAGUGACCCAAACCACAAGGCGUUAUUGCCUAAUCCCACAUCACCAGGCAGAGCUGUACUCAGAUUUUUCUGUAGCUCCGGGUUUUGUUUAAGGGCAUCGGACAAUGCACAAAGAAAGACUCUACAUUGUGCCAGGGUUCUUUGGGCUCCUUUCUGGGGAUGGCACUGUGGAACUCUUCUUGAGAUAAUAUUUAAUGCUUUCUUAUCGUGAUUGUGAUGUUUAGUUGAAAACUACUGCUGCAUAGCAAGUCUUGUGACUCCUCCUGUGUCCACAGAAGCUCUUGUCUGAGUUUAAAGCUAUAAAGUGUAUUCACAUUGUGAAAUUAUUAUUAUUAUUAUUAAUUAUUAUUAUUAUUGAAAUUCAUUGUGUACAAAUGGUAUGUGCUCUGUUAGGUAUUUAGUUUGUGUGUGAAUUCUGUAUGGAAAGUGGUUUUGUUCUCUGAGUUUAUCUUGUUUUAUUUUUUUGAAGAUUACAAUAAAUAUCUAAGAGACUAUAUUCCUGAAA